AUGGUGAAGAAGAAGCACCAGACCCGCAUGCUCGAGUUCUUUAUUGAUGUGGCCCAGGGGUGCUUCAACAUCGGGAAUUUCAACUCCAUGAUGGCCAUCAUCGGUGGCAUGAACCUCAGUCCUGUGGCGAGGCUGAAGAAAACAUGGUCCAAAGUCAAGAUGGCCAAAUUUGAGGUCUUGGAGCGCCACAUGGACCCAUGCAGCAAUUUCCGCAACUAUCGCACCGCCCUGCAGGGGGCCACGCAAAGGUCCCAGAUGGCUAAGAGCAGCCCAGAGAAGAUUGUCAUCCCUGUGUUCAACCUUUUUGUUAAGGACCUUUACUUCUUACACAAAAUCCAUACGAACCACCUGCCCAAUGGGCAUGUUAACUUCAAGAAAUUUUGGGAGAUCUCCAGACGGAUCCAGGAGUUCAUGACAUGGACUCAGGUAGAGUGUCCCUUCCAGAAGGACAAGAAGAUUCAGAAUUACCUGCUCACGGCACCCAUCUACAGCGAGGAAGCGCUCUCCAUCGCCUCCUUUGAAAGUGAAGGUCCUGAAAGCCGCAGGGAAAAAGAUAGCUGGAAGACUCUCCGGCCCCAGUUACUCAUCGCAGUUGAAGUAAGGACCCCAGGCCCUAGCCACAUGGGCCUCGCCACACGGUUGCCUGGACGUCCUGAACAUGUGGCAGCUGACUUCUUCUAG